AUUUUUAUUACAGAAGAACUUUGUAAUUGGAACAACACUGUGACCAAGACAGACCUCCGGAAUACAAGCUAUAUUAUUCAUGUUGAUGUAUUUUCACAGUUUCUUAUCGGUCGUAAAACAGUGAUGAUAGAAAUCCCAAUGCCUGAAGCCUCGUUCGUUAUUAUGCUUUGCUUAUUAGUUCGUAUUCCUGUCUCUAGAACAGAAGAAGUAUUUCACCUGAGAGACCGUCAUCAUUAUUUAAGAUACAGAACAUUCAAUGACAAAAACUUGAUCACCUCAAAAGAAAAGGCAGAGGAUAUCUUAGCAAAAUAUGGAUAUUUGAAGUGUGGCUCUAGGAGACAAAAACGAUCAGUGUUUCCAGGUUUCUUUCAUAUUCUUCCAGAAGUAGGAAGUAGGUUCAAACCAUAUCGUGCCUGUACUAGAUCAGAUUUGGAGAAUGCAAUCAAGAAUUAUCAGAAAACGUAUAACACACCUCAGACAGGUCGUCUGGAUGCAGGAACGUUACAAAUUAUGAGUGAGUCUCGCUGCGGAAACUCAGAUGACGAAUCAGCAGCUGUGCCUUUUCAGCCUAUGCAAUUAGGCCUAAGAUCUGGAUAUCCUCCUGUAAAGCGUUUCAAACGGGAAGUUCCAAAACUGACAUUAGCUUUGCACGACCUGAUUAUGACGCCAUCGAGAAAGCCUUUCACGAGACUUGCACCCUCAACCUCAACCCAGUUUUCUUUCUCCAAGAGGCGACGAUGGAUGAAAGAUUACAUUGAGCAAAUAGAGAGCGGAGUUUUUGACCGGAAGCUGGAGAAAAUGCACGAAUACAUCCAAUCUCGAAGAAAAAAGCGUUCUUUACACAAUGUUGAAAGAUAUGCUUUUAAUUCGGAAGUGGUCACUUGGCGUUUAGUAGAAUCAGGAUACAGUAAUCAGUUGACAAUAAACACUCAGAGGGGUGCAUUGGCGUUAGCCUUUAGGAUGUGGGCCGAAGUAAUCCCAUUGCAGUUCCAAGAAGACACCCUGUCUCCGAUCAAUAACGUCGAUAUUCUGAUCGCCUUUGGAAGAGGAGAUCAUCAGAACUGUCCAAAUCAUUUUGAUGGAUUUGGAGGUCAACUUUCUCACGCAGUCAAAAUAACUGGAAAUUCAGAAAUCCACGUGGAUGACGAUGAACAUUUAACAGUCGCUUCUGACCGCGGAACAAAUCUCGUUAAAGUAGCAAGCCACGAGGUAGGACACGCUUUGGGGAUGCUUCACACGUCCAGGAACUACUCCAUCAUGUACGCUAUUUACUCCCAAGUUAUCCCUAAUAAUAACUUCGAACUUGGAUGGGAAGACAGGAAAUCUGUCCAACAAAUGUAUGGGACCUGUGAGGGACGUUUCGACACUGUCUUUGACUGGGUCAGACGACGUCCCGAUGGCCAGCUCAUUUAUAACACCUACUUUUUCCGAGACAAUCAUUAUUGGAUGUAUGAGAAUCGCUUUAACCGUACCAGGUACGGCGAUCCAUUGCCUAUAAAUCCAGAAUGGAAAGGAAUCCCUAAUAACAUCGAUGGUUUUGUACACGUGUGGACAUACCUACAGGACAAGUCGUAUUUCUUCAAAGGUCGUUACUAUUACCUGUAUGACAGUAUUAACGAUCGGGUCGCUCCAGGAUAUCCCAGAACUAUAUCGAGCGAUUUUAGGAAUAUCCAAGGGUCAAAAUCUCCCAGAAUUCCGGAUAAUAUUGACUCUGUCUUCUUCGAUCAAAGAAACACUGUUUUAUACUUUUUCAAAGGAAAAUAUGUCUAUGCUUAUGAUGUAGAACGAGGAAGUGAAGGAUGUUGUUUGCCUGGUUACCCUCGUGAAAUUUACCUAGAAUUUCCGUCUACCGAUCCAAAAUCCAAGCUUCCGCUCAAUCUGGAUGCCGUUUACUACUCUUAUUCCGACAGGAGCAUGUACUUCUUCAAGGGCAAGUAUUACUGGAAGAACAGGGCAUUUAACCCUCUUGACAGGAGGCGAAGGAACGCCAUUGUUGGACCAAAGCUUAUAUCUUCCAAAUGGUAUGAUAUUUGUGAUACCGAAGUGUGACAUUCUGGCUGUGCCUUAUGAUCUUUUGUAAUUUGCAACGGCCUAUUCUCUAGAAGAAAUGCACAAUUAUAACAUUUUUUGAUAAUGAAUUCAUAAAAACGUUGCCGUUAAGGCUAUGCUGUAAAUAAGUGAGAAGAAACGAUGAACAGUUUUCUUAUUUUUCAUAAUCCACCUGGUGUUUAUUUAAACUCGUAUUGUACAUGACGCUUAAGAGAAUUAUUUUUAUUAUAAUUAAAUUACAGUAUUGUUUCAAACGCCUAUACUCGAAACACGAACUAUUUAAUUCAAUGACCAUUGUAAGUAAUUUGGUUCAAUAUUUUGUAAAUCAGGAGUGAAAUUCUGCCGGUACUCACUGGUACUGAAUAAAGGAACUUUUUUUUAAGACGGUACUAGUACCGGGACUUAUUUGAGCUUCUUUGUCUUUUUUUUAUGUUUAUACUUUGAUUUUUGUUUCUUUUUUCAAAAGCAGGUCCACUAGAAUUUCACCCCUGUUGUAAAUUAUGUAUAUCUCUAAAAGUGAAUGAUUGUUUUUUAAAGUUUUAAUAGCCUUGUCGUCAAUAAAUUGUUACAACCAUC